AUGAUUGCCAGUGCUGGGCGUCUCGAUGAGCACAUUCGAAGAGUAACGAAGGUGCUUGACUUUAUCACAAGAAUGCAUAUCACAGACUCAACCGAAGCUGCAGAAAGGCUUGGGAAACUCGCUGACAUUGACGCCGUUGCUGACGAAAAGAUAGAGGACCUUCGGAAAACCUUAGAACUACUCGAAUAUCAGAGGAGGGAACGAGAGCCUCUUCUUUACCGUGCAUAUCUCUUCAUCUGCUCUAUGCUGAAUUGGAUAGCAAUCAGGAUGAAUCAGUUCAUGUUGAAUUGUCGUGUUAUUGCGGAUUUGGCAUGGCAGAGAGCCAAUGCUCCGUCCACAUCUAUAACGGCAGAUACUCAGCAAGAAACGUCCACACAAAAAAGUGACGAAACCGAAGUCACGAUGCGACAGAAGCGUGAACAACUUGCUGCAGCGAAAAAGUGA